CAUCUCAUCACUUUUUCUGUCAACAAAAUCGCUGCACAUAAGUCAAGUUGUUUGCUCGAAAAAUGAAACCAAUUCCAAGUUCAAGGAUGCCACACAGAGGAUCAAACGCGGAGGAUCAUUAGGGGUAUCCUUAAUUUAAUCAUGUCGCCAUAACGAAAGCAACUGAAUGCAUAACGCUUAACUGAAUUCUGCCUGGUCCGUUUACGUCUGCAAGGCUGGAGCUCGCAAGAAAGGGCACUGUGUCCCCGAUUUACAUUUAUAACAGGACGUGAUUCAACCUUGGGGAAAUAUGAAGUUUGCACAAUAUCUGUUGAAAAACAGCCGGAUGGUCGGGAUACCAAAACAAGUGGAACGAUUCGCCAAGUUCUCCCCUUCGCCUUUGUCUAUGAAGCAAUUCAUUGACUUUGGGUCGACCGAUGCCUGUGAGAAAACCUCCUUUGUGUUCCUGCGCCAGGAACUUCCGGUCAGAUUAGCCAAUAUCAUGAAGGAGAUUGACUUCCUACCCGACAAGCUCCUUGGUACUCCGUCCCUUCGGCUCCUCACCAGCUGGUAUUCACAGAGUCUGUUGGAGCUUGUGGAAUUCCUGGAAAAAGACCCAGGCGAUAAACAGGUCCUUUCCAAGUUCACGGAGGCGCUGGUGACGGUGAGGAACAGGCACAACGACGUGGUGCCCACCAUGGCGCAGGGGGUGGUGGAGUACAAGGAGGCGUUCGGCGUGGACCCCGUGACCGACCAGAACGUGCAGUACUUCCUGGACCGCUUCUACAUGAGCCGCAUCUCCACGCGCAUGCUCAUGAACCAGCAUACGCUCAUAUUUGACGGCAGCGUCAACCCGGCGCACCCCAAGCACAUCGGCAGCAUCGAUCCCAGCUGUGACGUGGUGGAGGUGGUCAAAGAUGCCUAUGAAGCCUCCAAAAUGCUGUGUGAGCAGUAUUACCUGACCUCCCCUGACAUGGAGAUCUCUCUGGUCAACUCCAAAAACCCUGACCAGCCUCUUCACCUCGUCUACGUGCCUUCACACCUCUACCACAUGCUGUUUGAGCUCUUCAAGAAUGCCAUGAGAGCAACGGUGGAAACCCAUGAGGCGAGCUUCACUCUGCCACCAGUCAAAGUCCGGGUUUCUCUCGGCUCGGAGGACCUCACUAUCAAGAUGUCUGAUCGCGGAGGAGGCGUUCCUCUGAGGAAGAUUGAGCGUCUGUUCAGCUACAUGUACUCCACCGCGCCCAGUCCCGUCCACAUAGACAACUCCCGCAAUGCUCCCCUGGCUGGUUUUGGCUAUGGCCUGCCAAUCUCACGUCUGUAUGCCAAGUACUUCCAAGGAGACCUGCAGCUGUACUCUAUGGAGGGCUACGGCACCUCGGCCGUCAUCUACCUAAAGGCGUUGUCCUCAGACUCGGUGGAGAGACUUCCAGUUUUCAACCAAUCCGCCUUGAGACACUACCAGACCACCCCGGAGGCAGACGACUGGUGCAUGCCCAGCAAGGAGCCAAAGAAGAUGGGCAAGUAACAGGGACAAGCCUGGCCUGAAUAAGUGUGGGACAAACCAUAGGAACCGUCACGGUUAUGCCCUAGUAUGGCUAGUACACCCCAGCCCACGGUACACUAAAGAACGGAGGUUGAAAUGUAUUCGGUUGACCACUGAGCCUGAGGUUCUAAGACAGCCAUUAGGAGCACCUCAUUUUUCCCCUCACACAAAACACAACCAGCAGAAAGUAUUUAUUUUAGGAUUUUAUUAACAUUUGUUUGUAUGUUUUGAUUGUUUUUGGAUGUACUCCCUAUACUAAAUUAUUGUAUAUUUAAAUCAAAAUGAUUUUUAACCAUCAGUGUUGGUGGUCGCAUUUGCCCCGAUAAUAGUGGCACAACCGGUUUUAUAAGCUUUUAAAAUAAAUUCAUUUGUAUAUUAAUUCUGUUAAAAGAAAAUCUAUCUUUCACUCUCUAACUUAAUCAUUGUUUUAAUUGAUUAUUGGAGAUCACAGUGAGCCCAGUGUUGCACUGAGGCUCAUAAAAGAAAUGAGAAAUAACAAUGGUUAUAACGGUUAAAAGAUGGAUUGAGCUGAAGUUAAUCAGAGAAUGAUGACUUAUGAAUGUCACUGUUGUGUGAGAGCAAACGUAAAGGUUUCCCAGAAUUUAAGGUCUUUAAAUUGUCAUAUAUCUGAGAGACAAUCAACAUGAUUCUCUCUCAGAUAGUGGGCCCUGUGAACCAUUUCUAGUGCCAUAGCUGCCCCAAAUGCCCAAGUCCUGCAAAUAACGUUUCAAACAGAUAUCGCGCAUGUGUGUGUGUAUUUAUAUAUUAUAAGUGCAGGCCCUGACUAUUCGGAAAUGCCCUUGGUCAGUAUUCUGAUAAUUCCCAUUGUCACGUUUAGGACCAGGCACGGCUUAUUGAAGCUUGAUUGUACUCAAUUUGAUCCUUCCUAUUUUUAUACAAUAUAUAUUUUGGGAUCUGUAACAAACCAAUAACAUCUCUAUCACCUUUCCAAGCAUGUAUAUUCUGAGCCUGUUGGAUCAGAUUGUUCCGAAUAUUAUUGUGUCCCAGGAGGUUUGAACCCUCAGACCCGUAAGAGUUUUCAUGUGUUUAAGAGUAUAAUGAUUAUAGUGUUGUUCUAAUAAUGUGUACUUAGUCUGUAGACAUUAUUGAAAUGGUGAAUGCCAAACCUGCUCAUUGUACCAGAUCACAGCGUACUAGGGAACAUUAUAUUUUUCAUUACCUGUCUCCUAAAAAAUGCCAGUAUUAUAUAAAAUAGGACUAAUCAAAACUAAUAAAUAAACAUGUAUAAUUUUGUAUGUAUUGAAAUGGAGCACAGGGAUCAUUGCAGUAGUCUGGGAAACAACUGUAAAUAUUAAGGACGGCUUUAGACAACUGUUAUUUCUCAAUGCUAAUGUUAGCACCUGACUGUUCUCCACUAAUAUCUGUUCAAAUGCGCAGCAUACGGUACAUUCAACACCUUUUCAUCCACGCCAUUGGUCAAUAUGUUUGUACACCACAGUUCCCAGAUCCUAAAUCCCUUUCAACGGUAUCGUUGAAUGUUCAACUGUAGAAUAAAAGACUACACUACGGAAA